AUGUCAAAUCAGUAUCAUAACAAAAAUAUAUUAAAUUCUGAGACUGAGUCACCACAUGGCAACAACUUGCAUAUGUUAACUGGGUCGCUAGUAGGUCUUUGUUACUAUCCCACUACUAACGCUUUAUCAAGUCUCCGAGGAGAUCCAGACUACUUAACACUUCUAAAUAUUAUUCACCAUUCUGUUAGGUGUCUUGAGUCAGAGAUCAUUGUCUCAGAUUCAAAAGCAUCCUUCAUAGAAUCUGUACACUCUGAUGAUAUUCUCCACAGCUUAUGUAAGCUUCUGGUUUAUGGUAGUGAUACUACUGUGCAGACGGAUACCGAUAAAGAAAGUCUUGCGUACGAAUACCUGCCGAAUAGAGCCAAUGCUAUACAAAACAAUGAUAAUUUGAGCACGGAGGAACGAAAUGUGUCGUUCUUGUUCUUUAACUGGAGAAAAAAUAUCCAGCUUGUGUUGCCACUAUAUUCCCCGUCAAUGGAGUUCAGCACUCUCCGUCUGGCACGCCAGAUUGUUCGGGAGCUUGAUUGGAGUCGUACACUGUUGUUGUCUGGCAUGAUAAUCCCACUUUUUAAACGGUGGCAGAGCGAGGAGCGGCUACAAUUACUUGAGUUACAACAACAGGGUUUUCAAUGUUUGCUAAGCGAUGCUGAGGAAAUCUCACUCGCACCCAACCCACCUAGAGCUGAAAAGCAGAUCAUCAAUUUAAAGGGGUCGUAUUGGAUGAAAGAGCUUCUUGAAACUAUAGCUACGUGUCUUAUGGAGCAGAUGAUUCAGUGUUUAGUUGGAACUUACGAUAAAGCGCAAGAACACUCAUGUGCUGACGAUUUGGUGGAUAUGUUGGGGCUUUUGUCGAAGGAGGUGCGCUCCUACCGGACACUCUGCGCCGGGGCUACCGCACUCUUGGGAUAUCAAUGGGUUGAGCUUGCCCAAGAUGUGCAGCAGUAUUUUAUUUCUACCUCAAGUAAGACAAUGACGUUUACUGUCUCGGGGUCAUCAGCCAGUGUCACCAUUGCCGAUGAAACUGUGAAAUCUAAAGAUUCCAUAGGAUGGCUGUGGCAGCACACAGUUGUGCAGCAAUGUGCUUGGCGCCAUGCACAUGAACUUUGGAGGCGUUGGGUGAGAUAUUUUUCAAAAUAUGAUUACACAUCACGUAAAACAGGUCUGUGUUCCCAAAGAGAGGCUGAGGGUAACUUGGCUUUCACAUCGGCGACAGGGUUAAAUGUGAUGGAAACUCCACAAAAGAAUGAUACGACUUCUUCUGCCGUUUUAACCGAGUCACAAUGGCUUUUUUUGAAAUGUCUUGUGUUACAUACUCAGGACCUUCUGCAGAUAAAAAAAGGAUUUUAUGCGGAACGAGAGAUAAAUGUACGGAAUAAUAUUUCAGGAAGCACUAUGGAUCGUUUCGACGCCAUUAAGUGGGCGUUACAGUCUUUUUCAAGGAGACUUCUAGAAAUUUUUCAGGAUAUAGCAAACGCGAAACUUGAUCUUUACAUCCAAGAAAACUUGUCGUUGAUUGAUGCGUCAUCAUUUUUUUCACCAUCCCAUAAUCGAUUAAUUAUUCGUGACUACUUCUGGAAAACUAUCCAACAAACGGAACUGGAAGCGGCAAAAUAUUCCAAGUGUCUCUCUCACCCAAAGAAUUUCUGGUCUUCACUGUUUUUAGUUUACGGCCAACUCACCGCAAUACAGGCUCCAAAUGAAGAAACUGUGGUCGGGAGUCUUACCGCAAUCGGAGAUUCAAGUAUGAGCGUUCAUAAUGACAGUCACCACAUGCUUGAGGAUGUACUUAAUUCUAUACAAAAGGCAUAUCACCGCUGUUCAGAGCGUUCGUUGCAUGAGUCAUGGCAUUGUAUUUCAAACAUCGUGAAAGGUUCUCACGAAAAUGAAAAUCAGACUAAAGGUAGAUACAUCAGGAUAGGAGGAAAGAGGCAGCGUAGUGGAAGCCCUAUCCUGGAAAGAGAUACCAAGUGGAAAGGCUCUCUGGCUUGGGAUACCCCGGAUUCAAAGCUUAACCGCUACCUUAGCCGUGUGUUCUAUUCAGUAUAUCACCCCAGUUGUUUUCAGUUGCUUCUGCUCGAGCGGCAGAAGCAACUGAGCACUCUCCUAUUUGAGCUUCAUUCUUUGCUUGUCGUGGAUGACCACUGUAACCUUUUCUAUUCACAGAGUGGCCAACUGCCGACGAACUCUGAUUUUUCUGCUGUCGAUUCGACAGGGUGGCACAGUUCUGACGACGACGAGGAAAGCGUCGGACAGGAUGCUAGGGUCGCAGAAGUAGCUCCAUGUGCCAGGCUUAAUAAUGACGCUAUUUUCUUCGAGCGACUCAAAAUAUGCCCGACGAGGGUUGCAUGCCGUCUCCUUGCGCGUGACGCUCGGUUGACUUUGAUGCUCUCUCACGCGGUUUUGUUACUGCUCGAGCGCCGUGGCAGAGUUGCCGGUGAAGUGGGAUCAGUCCUUACCGCGGUGCUGAUUCCCACGCUUGUCACCUUGAGUACUCAUCCAGAGAUCGAAGAAGCUCUUUACGAUUCAAACCCUCACUCUUCUGAACACCACAGCGCGAACAGGUUAAACCGUUCCAAUCGUAGCUGGAGAAGAUCUGAGCAGGCUACCUUCUGCUUAUAUGCCCUUAUUCAUUCAGAAUUCCUCAUGGCACUCCCUUGGAGCGUGGAGGGCGUUUACCUUACCAUGGCGCGGUAUCGCGAUUUCACUCGUUAUCUCCUGAAACGUUACUGGGGCGAACCUGACACGUGCAUAUCACAGCUCGAGGAAUGGACUAAAGAAGGUGGUGGUGCGGCCGUGCGAAAUUCAACUACCUCUAUUGGGAAUCUCUGCGAUAGCCUCGAUAAUUUCGUCAUAUUACAUGAUCCGGUCCUUCGGCAACUCAAAAACCGAGCCUUUGUCAUGGCUCAGCAACGGCAGCAUGAGCAAGGUGUCACAGCAUCGUCUAUUCUGGAUGAGUGUGUGCGACGUGUGACACCAUUAUUUAUACCUCCACCGUGUGGAACGCUUCUCGUGCUUGCUUUCUCGAGAAGGCUGUUUCAGAAGAUGUACUCCCUACGUAAUGCAUACAAAAUGCAACAACACCUUGUAGAGGGCGAUAAUGCACUGGAGUACCUCGGCCGCCGCUGUAUCUUCUGCAUUGCAGAAGAUAUUGAAGUAUUUAAGGUAAUUGUUCGGACAGCCCAUCGUAUGAUCUUUGCGACGCGGCUCCAACCCAUGGGGCUGCUUCAGCUCUGGAUCGGCAUGUUGGCUCACCUCUUUACCCAUGUUGUACCAAUGGAGGAGAGUGAUGAAGGAAUGGAGUUGAUGCCGCGAAGUUGGCAGCUGCGCGAAACAGAGUUGAACUGCUUUUCUGAGAAAGUGCAUCGAACAGGAUGGCGAGCUCUACGACCUUCAUCACGUGGGAUUAUUUCUUCCCAAACAACCCUACGUGUUAUUCUUGGUGAACAGCUUGCUGAGCUCUUUUUGAUGCCUAUGUCCGAUCCAAGUUCCAGUCUUGACUGCCCACACGCUUUUCCAAUACCUUUGCAUUCACCAGAAUCGAAGCAAGAACAACUGAAAUCACAGAUGGAAGUUCAGUGUGUCUUCCCACAUGCUGUCCUGGAAGUGCUUUGCUUGUUUUUAAAAGUCAAUACAAACGUUAGUAAUGAGGAACUUGCACGGUUGUCAACCACAGUAGCAAUCGAAGCUUCGGGCGGGUUCACCACCCCCCUAUCUGCAACGCCCGCAAUCGAUGUAUCUUCCUCAACUUGCACCAGUAUAAAAAGAUUAGAGGAGAACAGCUUUUUGGGUCUAGCCGGUCUGGUUGCGCUAUGCAGACAAAUAGAGAGAAAAGUAGUGGCUGGGACCUUGAAGGAUGUCCGUCUAGUACAUUUGUUGCGGUGUAUAUGGGCGGUGGCGGACCUCAGCGCUCUUGAGUGGUAA